AAGUCUGCUUCCUUUGCAGGGCGCCUAUGUGUGAAAGUGUGUGUGAAUAUGUGUGAGAGCUUGUUGGCGUUAACCGAAAGAGGGCUUUCACUCUCAUUACAGACUGGAUACAUGCAACAACAGCUCCAGACCGCGUUGAGUGUCUGACCGCGUUGAGUGUGUUUGUAGACGGUAUCGAGCCGCACCAGUUUGGUUAGCGAGCGGGUCUCAGUGUUGUGAUUAAAGGGUCCAACGGUGUUAGAAGGCUUUAGGUUCACGCCUUUCCUCUAUUGUCUGUGCUGCUGAAACAAACUCAACCUCACUAGAGAGGAGAAAAGAGCUGCUCGGGCGGCUGUUUCAGGGCUGCUGCUGUUUGUUUUUUUUCUUUUUGACUCGAAGAAAAACUGCAGCUGUUGAUUUGGAAAAUUCUCUUCAUCUCAUCUCAUUUUCUUGUCCUCGGUCACCACUCUGUUGCUCUCCUCAUCCAGCAAACCCUACAGGUUCUAGACACACUUGAAGGUGGAUGGUGUAGCUUCAGCGCUGAUGGUGUUUCUCAACCUGCUGGGACACUGAGAGGAUAUUCUCCUUCCCUCUCUCCCUCUUUCCUUACUUCCUUUCACCCGCUUCAUUAUGUCUGCCAUACAGACGAUCUGGCCUCCGGGCACGGAGUGUGUGGCUCGGUACAACUUCACCGGCAUGACUGACCAGGAUCUGCCCCUGUGUAAAGGAGACGUCAUCACCAUUAUAGGAGUCACUAAGGACCCGAACUGGUACAAAGCCAAAAACACAGUGGGACGAGAAGGGACCAUCCCAGCAAACUACGUCCAGAAGAGAGAAGGGGUGAAGUCCGGCGGGAAGCUCAGCCUCAUGCCAUGGUUCCACGGAAAGAUAACGCGUGAUCAGGCAGAGAGACUGCUCAACCCACCCGAGCUGGGGCUGUUCCUGGUGCGCGAGAGCACCAACUACCCCGGAGACUACACGCUGUGUGUGAGCUCCGAGGGCAAAGUGGAGCACUACCGCAUCAUCUACCACAACGGAAAACUCACCAUCGAUGAGGAGGGGUUCUUCGAGAACCUCAUGCAGCUUGUCGAGCACUACACAAAAGACGCGGACGGGCUUUGCACCAGACUCAUCAAACCCAAGCUCAUGGAGGGAACCGUGGCCGCGCAGGAUGAGUUCUCCAGAAGUGGAUGGGCUCUGAACCUUAAGGAACUGAAACUCAUUCAUACUAUUGGAAAGGGUGAAUUUGGAGAUGUCAUGGUUGCGGAUUACCGAGGCACGAAGGUAGCUGUGAAGUGCAUCAAGCAUGACGCCACAGCACAAGCCUUCAUCGCAGAGGCAUCGGUCAUGACGCAACUGCGACACAAUAAUCUGGUGCAGCUCUUGGGAGUGAUCGUGGAGGAGAAAGGCAGCUUGUUCAUCGUCACAGAGUACAUGGCUAAGGGGAGCCUGGUAGACUAUCUCCGCUCCAGAGGACGCUCUGUUAUCGGAGGUGACACUUUGAUCAAGUUCUCCAUCGAUGUGUGUGAGGCCAUGGAAUAUCUGGAGGGAAACAACUUCGUCCACAGAGAUCUGGCAGCUCGAAACGUUUUAGUCUCUGACGACAACAUCGCUAAAGUGAGUGAUUUCGGUUUGACCAAGGAGGCAUCAUCCACCCAGGAUACGGCCAAGCUGCCCAUCAAAUGGACAUCUCCUGAAGCCUUGAGAGAAAAGAAAUUCUCCACUAAGUCAGAUGUAUGGAGCUAUGGAAUUUUGCUCUGGGAGAUCUAUUCCUUUGGCCGUGUACCAUACCCAAGAAUUGCUCUGAAAGACGUGGUGCCACGUGUGGAAAAAGGUUACAAGAUGGACGCCCCAGACGGCUGUCCCCCCGCCGUGUACGACAUCAUGAAGCAGUGCUGGACUUUGGAGCCGGCGAUGCGGCCCAGCUUCAAAGCGUUGAGAGAGAACCUGCAGCUCAUCCUAGAUAAUGAGCUGUUCCUGUAAGAGCAAGGACACAGAGACGGACUAACUCAAGAGUGAGAGAGCGAGCGCGCACAGAGGACUGUACUGAACUGUAUACAAACACACACACUCCCACACACACUGUUAACACACACUUGAAAAAGAAGAGACAUCAAAAAUAAUAAGUAUGGCCAAUUUGUUUUACUGAUCCCCAGUUUUUUCUUUAUUUGUUUUUCUUUUCUUUUGCUGUGCCUUCAUGAUUUGUUUUAUAGAAUCAGAGAGGCUGGCCUUCUCUUGUUUAUUUGACUUUUUUUUUUUUUUAAUUUAUAAUAAUUUAACCGUCUUUAUCCUUUUAUGACAUGUUUCUUUAUCUUUUAUUUCACCAUUUUUUACAGUCUCCCCUGAUACUUAAAUACUUUUUUACUCUACUAAGUCGUGCUCCCUCGGUGCAGUGUCGUAAACACCGAUUCCCCUUUAAGCCACACGUUCACGUGACCCUGGGUUUGUGUGGAUGUGCAAGCAUACGAGUGUGUACUCCUCUGUGGAUGCUGUGUUUCCAGAGCACUGGACUGUCCCUGUCCCUGAGCUGUUGCUGUUAAACAUUAGUUUUUAUUAUUCAGUGUUUGUUUUAAUGCCGUUCAUUUGGUUGAAAUAUAGGUCUCAUUCUUAACCUUGGGAAAGACAGAACUUGAAACAUGUGUGAAUUCUCAUGGUGGGAGGUAAAAGGGGAAGGGAUUUGCCGGUUUACAUUUUCGAUACAUGGAAAAAAAGAGCAUUUUGUUUGUAAAAUGUAAGAAGACAGUGGGGAAAGAAAAUAUAAAGAUGAAAAUAUAAAGUUGUCUCACUGUA